AUGGCACUCUACAAGGCACUGUCAGCCCUCUUGCCGACUGUGGCCCUGGCGUCGUCCUCCAAGCUGCUCGGUAACCAGCUCUCGUACUGCGAGCCACGUGCUUGCGAGGAUGAGAUCGUGCCAGAGACCAUCUACUGCCGGCUCACCUUUGACGUGGUCAACUUCACCGUGGCCGGGGUCGGCAACAUCACGACUCGCGGAUACCAGCGUAACGACACCGACCGCAGCGCAGCCACGCCGAUGGGCCCAACGAUAAACGUGUAUCCCGGCGACAAUCUCACAAUCGAGCUGUUCAACAACCUAGACCAGCCGCUGCUCCGGCAAAGGGGCGUGCACAACUUCUACCAUGACUUCGAAUGGACCAACGUGCACACGCAUGGGCUUCAUGUCAGCGGCGAAGAGCCCGGAGACUCAGUCUUUGUUGAAGUCGGCCCGAAGUGUUCGAAAAACUACACCUACAGCAUCCCCGAGGACCACAUGCCGGGGACGUACUGGUACCACCCCCACAAACACGGGUCCACUGGCGCUCACGCUGGAGGAGGAGCAGUCGGCAUGAUCAAGAUUCUCGACCCAAAGGGCACGCUCCCUGCAUUCAUUGAGUCGACAGACAUCGUGCCGGAGCUCGACCUGGUGAUACUGGGGCUUGCCGGCGUAAUGAAGCAGGGCGCAAACAAAGGCGUCGAGGACAAGAUGGCUAAGUGCUGCAAGGCCUACAACAACAUCAGCUACAAAACCGCGUCGGAGGUUUUCGAAAGCAAGGCCUGCGAUCAGUUUGGAAUGGCUGGGAUGAUCGACCCCAAGCACUUCAACGAGGACAGAGAGUGUCUGAAUGCCACCCUCAAGAAAAUGAACGUCAAGGACUGCGAACGGGAUCAGUUCAUUGCCGAUCAAUGCGACCGGUCCAAGGUUUGGAGCGCGCCAAUCGACUACACGGACGACGGCAAGAAUGGGAACAACACCUUCCUCGUCAACGGUGAUUACAACCCCACGCAUUACGUUGCUGCGAACGCUUGGACGCGCCUUCGCAUCGUGUACGCUUCGAUCGAUCAGCAGCUCUACUUUUCCUUGCCCGAAGGGUGCGACAUGGAGCUGAUGGCCAAGGACGGCGUUUACAUUCGCGACAUGCCCCGAAGGACCAGUUACGCGUACUUUGGUUCUGGCAACCGUGCUGACUUCCUCGUGCGCUGCGCGGGAGACACAGUCGACAAGAUGCCAUGCCCCGAAGACACAAACAGGACGUGCACGAAGUACCCCAUCACGGCCUGGUUUUACAACGAAGCGGGGGAAUCGGACAACAGCGUCUGCGAAGCGGUCAAAAUGCUAGACCCUGGCUCGAGCGCGGCGAACAUCUCUCAGACCAUGUACGAUGCCGCCAAAACCGCAAAUGAAAAUUUCCCACCCGUGCUCGUUGCACUUGGAACCAUCAUGGCCGUACAUGAGACUGGCGUCGAGACGUGUGAUCUGCCGAAUAUCAGCGUGACCUACCCUUGCUACCUGGCCGACCUGAGGGACGUGACUGACAGCCAGCUCGCCGCCCAAGCGGGUUUCAGCCCCGACCGUCACAUUCAUUUUGCCGGGAGUGGCGGCUCGCCGUUGCCAUCGAUUAACGGAGACUACUAUGGCAACGGAUACUUCCACACGGGCGACGAGCCAGACAUAAAACCUCACCAAAACGACUCGAGGAUGGCCGUGCUCCGGCACAGCAGGGCAGGAGGGGAAGAUACAAACGUCUUCAGCAUGCCUGUCGGCAGCCUGGUCAACUUCACCCUCCAUGGCGUGCACUUCCACGCCUUCCACUGGCACGUGAACCCGUUUCAGCUGCAGACGUCGUACGAUGAGUUCGGCCUCUUUAACAAGGAUGGCCUCGAGACUCACGAGCGACCACGGGCUUUUGAGAAAGGGGACAAGGAUGAUCGCGCCUUUGAGCCCUAUUUCAAGGCUGGUGACUGGCAUGACGUUCUGAUGGUACCUGCCAAGUGGUGUGCGCCCGUCGACAAGUACGACUGCACGGGGGAUCCGGACCAAGGUGACAUGCACAACCAAACCGGCGACAAGAACAACUCAUUCGGCCAGUGCACUCCUGAGUACUGGGCGCAAACAAACCUUUCCUUCCCCGUCCGCACGAAUCUCGACCGUUUCGUCAGUCGGCAGGUCGUCCACUGCCACGUCCUCGAGCACGAGGACCAGGGGAUGAUGACCCUGCUCGACAUCCAAGAGUAUAGCAAAUGGAAGGAGGCGAAUCCAAUGGGCGGACCUCAGUCAGGCGACGAGAACAACCACAACAAGCUCGCGUACGGCCGUCAACUCGACCAGAUGUGCUACGGACCAAUGCCUGCAAACGCAAAGGAAAUGGGCAUAUGGUCGAGCAAGGAAGGAAUGUGCUGCGCACACGAGGAUGACGACAUCUGCGAGGCGGGACUGAGCUGCCAGUGUGGUACGGUGGACACGACGCCUUCCUUGCUCCCGCGGUCCGUUUCGAAGAGGAACUGCAAGUGUCGCCCAUCGCCGCCGCCCUCGCCGCCCUCGCCACCGCCCUCGCCGCCCUCGCCACCCCCAUCGCCGGAGCCAGUGUCCUGGCUGCGCCUCGCGGCACUCGCCCUCGUCGUGCUGCUGAUGGCGGUCCUGAUUGCGAUCCUGCUGAAAGCCCUGACACGGGCGAGGCGAUGCCCCCCUUCACCUGAUGUCCCCAAGCAGAGCCUCCCCUGCGCUGAGUCCAUUUAG